AGACUCGGCUGACCGGGUGUGGAGAAUUCUUUCCUUGGCGAUGGCUCCCUGGCGAGGUCUCUGGCCGUGCCUCCCUCUGCUGUGCGCCGAGCUCCUCGCCUCCCCCCGCCGCUGCGUCUUCGACGAGGUCCAGGCUCGGGUGCGGGUGGUCCGCGCCGCUCCUCGGCCGCCCAGCCCGGGGGUGGUCGCGCCCGUGAGGAUCGGCACCUGGAUUUCCGGAGAGGGCGACCGCCUGCCGGAGUUCGAGGAAAGCCGGAUCCGGGCCACCGUGGAACGGGCCGUGAGGACGGUGUCGUCAUUUCUCUCAGUGGCGAGAUCCCCGACGCCGCUGUUGCUGAGGCGGGACGUCAACAAGUACUGCAAGUUUUUGUGGAAGAAUUCGAGCAGCGUCAACUACAACCGGUGCGGUCGGGCCAACGGCAACUACAGACACGAGACGUGUCUGGAUGCGAAGAUCCCGGACGAUCACCUGGCCGGCUGCGACGUCUACCCGCGGGCCGACGCCGCCCGCCGGGUCACUCUCAGGCGUCCGGGCUCCGGAGCGCCCGACGCGGACUUCCUGCUUUACGCUCACGUCCGAGCCUCGGGCAAGUGCAGGGCGCAGCCCGGAUUGUUGGCCUACGCCGCCCACUGCCGGACGGACGCCGGCGGGAGACCUUUGGCUGGCGUCGUGGUCAUCUGCAGGGACGGACACGCGAGACUGACCGUGCAGACGGUGGUCCAUGAGCUGUUCCACGCGCUGGGCUUCUCCAAGGAUCUCUUCCCCACGUGGCGGGACUGUUUGUCAGCCGGCGCCGGCUGUUCCCCUCGGGGCAAAGUGACUCACGUGGACGGAACGGGCCAGACGAGGAUCUACACCCCGUCCGUAAUCUCGGCCUUGCAAAGGCACCUGGGAGCCGUCGAUCCCGAGCUGGGAGGGCCGCUGGAGAACGCCGACGCACCCCCGGGCGGCGUUUCCUCCCACUGGGAGGCCCGACUUCUGCAGGGCUCCGUCAUGUUGGCGGCGCCGAGCCGCUCCGGCGCCGCGCGGAUCGACCCGCUGACUUUGGCCGCGUUUGAGGACACGGGCUGGUACAGCGUCGACACCGGCCGGGCCCAGCGUCUCGUCUGGGGAGAGGGCGAAGGAGCUUCGUUUGGUUCCACGUUGACGUGCGCCGACAACUCGUCGUCCUUCUUCUGUAGCGGCAGCGGGCUCGGCUGCCAUCAUCUGCAUCUCCACAAAGGGAAGUGCCAGAGCGACCCCUUCCUGGACGGCUGUCGCGUCUACAAAGCUUUGGACAACGGGAGCGAGUGCUGGAAGAAAGAAAACGAGAGGAAGUCGAGUGAAGAACGCCGCGGCGGGGAGGUUUUCGGCUCGCGCAGCCGCUGUUUCUUCUCCGAGCUGACGACGCUUAACCCGAGUCAGUUCACCGUGACGGGACGCUGUUACAGACACAGGUGCACUGGACCAAACAGCUACCAAGUCCAGGUGCUGGGCUCCGACUGGGUGGACUGCCCGGCAGGAGGCAGCAUUCAGAUAAGAGGAUACCAGGGUUCUGUUUUCUGCCCCGACAAGAGGUUGUGUCUGGACUCCGAUGGCGGUCUUCCCUCAGAGGCUGAUGAGGUUUUCGCCACAGGUCAACCGGAUGCUACCCGGUCAGCGCCCAGACCCGCUGCAGGCCUUCUGGUGGCCACAGGAGUCUGUCUUUCAGCGGUGCUCGCUCUCCUGGUAGUCCUCGGUCUGGCGAGAUCCAGAUGUUCUCCUUGCAAGAUUCGAAUCCACGCGGCUGCGGGGGAUGUUUAACCCGAAACACCAUCUUGCUGUCUCACCGUUUAAAAUGCAUAAAUAAAUACAUUUUAAAAAAGGUCAUUUGUGCUAUGCUUUGAAACUAUGAAUCAAAUAAAUUCGAGAAAAGUGACCCUUUGUUUAGAAAAUGUCAACAGUGGGGAUAGUUGAACUAGUUUUUUUUUUUUUUUUAAUGAUUAAAAUUGUUUUGGAAACACGUUAUCCGUUCUGUGCAUGUUUUCCCCAA